GAGAAGUAAGGCCUGGUGGCUGCUAAGGAGGUGCUCGCCGGCGAGCGGGCUCCGGCGGCCGCCUAGCGCGCGGAGUUGGAUCGGGGCGCAUCCCCGCGGCCGUGGUUGUACUCGCUACGCCGCCUGCCCAAAAGAACCGGUGCUCCCCGCCGCCUGCCUCUCUUACCCAUGUGAAGCUACCACUCCCUUCCUCCUCCGCCAGCCCCAAGAGUGCCCACCCCGUUGCCCGGUCGGCUGCACCAGCGCCUUGCCGGUGGCGCUCGUCGGCCCUCCCCGCCGGCCCCGCGCCGUGCCCGUCGUCUCCUCAAUCUGUUGUCAGGGGACAUGCCAGCGCCCUCCCAGUGGCCCUCGCCGGCCCUCCCCGCCGUCCCCGUGUCGUAUCCGCCAUCUCCCCAAUCCGCAGCUAGAGGACACGCCAAGAAGCUUCAGUCAUGAGGCCGUCGCGCCGGAGGUCUUCCAUCUCAGAUUUGUUUUCUUUACGGGUGUUGUCAAGAAUUUCAUCAUGGCCACUGCUUUCCCACCGAGGUAUUUGCCGCACGCAGCCAUGCACAAGUGUCGUCACUUGCAUCUCCUCUGUGCGUUCCCGUCACUCCAUGCUGCACGAGGCUGCAGUCACCACACCCUUGAGUAGUGUUUCUUGUACUGAUGUUAACCUCAUAAAAAAGACUCCCAGGUGGACAUCUGCUAUAAAUAAUCAGGGGUGUGAGACAUCAGCAUGCUCUGUACAUAAGCAGGGAGUUCAGGGGCAGAACUGAAGGUAGACUCGGGUGCAGUUAUCCACUCCUACUUGCUUUCACUAGAACAGCAUAUUACACUAUGAAAGCAAGAUCAUGCACUGGCAUCGGUUUUAUUACUCCACAGAUGUGGGUCAUCGGCCAUGACAAAAUAUGGG